UCUCCCCCACCCCCCACCCUUCUCUCACUCUCUCUCGAUCUCGAUCGAUCGAAGGUAGGCUGCGGCAGAGAAAGGCAGGAUUUAGGAUACGAGUUUGCUGUGGUGGUCGAAUUCGGAUACAUUAGGGUGGUUUUUCCCUCUUAUUCUCUCUCUCUUCGACAGAACUAGGAAGACUCUGUGACGAGGGAGACGCUGCCGUUGGCUGCCUAAUUCACUGUCGCAUAACAAUAGCUUUGUCCGGGCAUCCGAUUAAACAUGUCUCAGAUGGAUGAGCUUCAAAGGAGUAGGAUUCUCAACUGCGUCCAGGCGUUCUGUGCUGCAAGAUAUACCAGGGAAGACAACGUUCCAUGUCAGAUUGAGGAGGGUUUGUUUCUGGGUUCAGUUGGCGCGGCGCUUAACAAGUCAGCGUUAAAAGACUUGAACAUCACCCACAUCUUAACAGUGGCCAAAUCCCUGGACCCUGCAUUUCCUAUUGACUUCGUCUAUAAGAAGAUUGAUGUGUUUGACACCCCAGGCACAGAGUUGGAUAAGUAUUUUGAUGAAUGCUUUAGUUUCAUCGAUGAAGCUAGAAGUGCAGGUGGUGGCGUGUUGGUUCAUUGCUUUGCAGGAAUGUCAAGAAGUGUCACUGUUGUUGUUGCUUAUUUGAUGAAGAAGCAUCGGAUGAGUCUUUCGGAUGCAUUGGCACUAGUUAGGAGCAAGCGACCACAUAUAGCCCCUAAUCAUGGUUUUCUUACUCAAUUGGCGAACUUCGAGAAAUCUCUUGGAGGGACAAAAAGUAAGACUGUGACGGCAGGAUAGUUGAGCAGAAUGCAGGUGCUAUUCCACAUAAAUAAACUCAUAUGCACCACAAUAUUUUCAUUUUUUGUUCCCAAAAUUUUGAUGCAAGAAGUUUCUAUUCAUUGUUAGAAAAAAAGCCAUACAGGGCUUGUGCAUUGAAAUAUAGUUCCUUCUUCUAUUUUGUUAUUUGCUUCCUACCAUCUGGAUGAGGGUGCUGAGUGAUGCCUGUGCUAAUUACAUGCUGGCCGCAUAAAAUUCUGUACAUAGUGCUAUUUAUCCACUUUCACGUCAGGUUACAAGAGGUGGCAUGGACACAGUAAACAGUCUGUGUUCAUAUAUAGCAUACUUAAUUAUGCAUAACUAAUUGUUUAUCUGAAUGUUUUAACAUAACUGUUCCUAAAGUUGCUGAUCAAUUUUUUU